UUUAUGGUAAAAUGUCACGGUAGUCCUACCAGAGGCAGAGUAAGGCAGAGUAGCGGUGAAAGGCCUUCACUAUCCUAGAGGGGGGAAAAAUAGUCGCUUAUGGUUAUUUUAUCUUACUGGUCGUCCCAUCGCGUCAUAUGGAGGUCAAAGGACGACAGCAAACAUCUCAGCAGGCAGCUACUCGUUUUAUUAUAUGUUAUAUUUAGGUGGAUAAAAUGUGUUAACAGCGCGUGUCCCUGUUUCAGUCAGCAGGAGUCAUGCACUAACAACCUGCAGCUAGUUUAGUCGCAGCUGUGUUAUGGCUUCUUUAGCGAGCUCCUCGUUAAUGUCACCUGUCAGACUUUGUUGUUUGUGUCUGUGCUCGAGAACAAGCACGACUCUCUCUGCAUACGGCUUGGGUCAAAGGAGCUUGUGUUCAGGUAAAGCUGCAGGCGUGUGCAGACAAACAAAAUCUCCUCUGUGGAAUGGGACUCGAGGGUUUUGUUCCCGUGGUGGCGGCGGUGCAGCCGAGGAGCAGCAGACCCUGGAGGACAUCGCCAAGAGCAUCAGAGAGCAGCGGUACAAGAGGGUGGUGGUGAUGGCCGGAGCUGGGAUCAGCACGCCUAGUGGAAUCCCAGAUUUCAGGUCUCCAGGCAGCGGUCUCUAUGACAACCUGCGGCAGUACGACCUGCCUUACGCCGAGGCGAUAUUUGAGAUCAGCUUUUUCCAUCAAAACCCAAAUCCCUUCUUCGCCCUGGCCAAAGAGCUGUAUCCAGGGAAAUAUCAGCCCAACCUCACGCACUAUUUCGUACGGCUGCUUCACGAGAAGAGGCAGCUCCUCAGGAUGUACACGCAGAACAUCGACGGGCUGGAAAGACUGGCAGGGAUUCCUCCUGAGAUGUUGGUGGAGGCUCACGGUACAUUCGCCACUGCCACCUGCACAGUCUGCCUGAGGAAAUACGAGGGGGAGGAGCUACGAUCAGAUGUGAUGGCAGGAGCGGUCCCAAAGUGUCCCACCUGUAAAGGCGUGGUAAAGCCUGACAUCGUGUUUUUCGGGGAGGACCUUCCACGUCACUUCUUCAAGUACCUCGCAGACUUCCCUCUGGCAGAUCUCCUCAUCGUCAUGGGAACCUCACUGGAGGUGGAGCCCUUUGCCAGUCUGGUGGGAGCUGUGCGCGGCUCUGUUCCCCGUCUGCUCAUCAACAGGGACUUGGUGGGUCCGUUCGCCUGGCGCCGCCGUUGUCAUGACACCGUGCAGCUGGGUGACGUGGUCAGUGGUGUCCAAGCCCUGGUGGAGGCCCUCGGCUGGACUCGGGAGCUAAACGCUCUGAUGGCGGCUGGUGCUGAGAAAGCUGCAACAAAGACAGAAGAGUGACUAUUUCACCACAUCAAGCUGGAGGUUUGACUUCAUUCACUAACUGUACACCCACACUACAAGUGACAAAAACUAAAUCCAGACUUUUUACUGGGGUUCAUGUGGUGAUGCCUAUGGGUGACACUUGGACCUUUGGUUAUGUGAAUGGUAGUCUAUAUCCUUGACGUUCCACUUCUGGGAUUGCUCCGGUGGAAAUUCUACCGGAUGCGUGUCUUUUCGCAGAUGUCCGUCCCCUUCCUCUUUCUUUGUGGUGGUGUUCUAACCUCAGAUGGAUUCAUGAGGACUAUGGUUACCUGGUCCUCAGAUCUCUGCAGGGUAAAUCCAGACAGCUAGCUAGACUAUCUGUCCAAAAGAGUUUUCUGAUGCACGAUUAUUUUGCAGAUGAUUGUGAGCGGUUUGAUGAAAUGACAAUAAACCAGAGCACGUUUUCUCCCAUCCCGGAAUACUAUGUGGACUAGCCAGACCCUCCUCCAUUAAGCGAGACUGUAUCAAUGGGAACUCACAGACUGACAAAAAAGAAACUGCUACAAUGGAAAUGCAGGAAUGUUUCUCAGUCAAAUAGCAGUGAAAUGCAGGUACGUGCCACACGGGGAUGAUGUGGCCGACAAAUCAAAUCGGGUACAGAUGUACCAGGGGUGGGGGAAAGAAUCGAUACUGCACAUUAUCGCAAUAUUUUCCGUGGCAAUACGGUAUCGAUACACGGACACAAAGUAUCAAGCUUCUAAUAUAAGUGAGAUGAACAAACAUGUACAAAAAUGUAUUGUGAUAAUAUCAUAUCGUGGGGCCUCUGGUGACUCCCAGCCCUUUAUAUGUCCAAUAGAAUAUAUUGUGCCGCUGACCAUGUGCAGUAUUAUAUUUUGUUCAUUAGCCUAUCUCUUUUGUGUCAAAACUUUGCGUGAGAAAUGCAACAACAACCUUGAUGAUGGCCGAUGUUUAUGUGAAAACAUUUAAUCACAAUGAAAUGUGAAAAUGACUGCUUUAGUGGAAUUAAAAGUCGAAACAUAUUUAUUUUUUUGUAAUAAGAGCUGAAAGUAAAAUACAAGGGGAAAAAAAAGAAAUGUUAUUUUAUCCUUUUUAAGUUUUUCAGGACAUCAUAAGAGGACUUUAUGGUUUAUGCUGAAUGUCAGUGGGCCUUUCUCUGGAGUAAAUCUUCAAAAACCGCUUACAAAUAAUAGUUAGUAGUAUAAUAUUUAAAAAAAGAGAUUCAGUAGUUUCCUAAAACAGGCGGGUCACUGUAGUUUCGUGCGUGCGUGCGUGCGUGCGUGCGUGUGUGUGUGUGUGUGUGUGUGUGUGUGUGCGAAUACGUGUGUGCGAAUACACACUUGCGUUGAGGAAGAAGAUAAAGGCUUCAGGCUUUGAUACACACACUACAUGUGGGAUUUGUUGGUAUUUUAACCAGCAGAGGGGGCCAGCGGACCUUUAGUGUGACACAGAUUCCUGUUUGAACAAUAGAUGGUUCUUUUACUUGAAGCUAAACGGAAGUUAAUGUUUUAUUACGUACAUUUUUGAUAUUAUUGAACAUAAUGAAGACUAUGAGCUCCACACAACUCUCUCUGUAUGACUAUGUUCUGAAGAUUGUUGUCCGGUGACUUUCCCGCGCAGAAAUUCAAAUGAAGAAAAUGACCUCUUCUGAAAGUCCAUUGUGUUUUUUUUUUUAAAAUCCUCUGUGUCCUCCUUGGCUACUAGCAACUGCGUGGAGGAGGUGGUGGUGCGUGAUCGCGGAAGGCUUGUAUCAUGUGCACAGUUUUAUUAUCAUUACUUGGAAUUCCUCAUGGGGGAGACAGAAACUAUCCACAAUUAAUAAAAAGUGUCUAAUCCAUAAUACAAUGUCUUUAUUAAAACGGAAUAGGAGCAGCUUAACAUGUGUUAGUGGAACUAAAACUUAAAUCUAAAUCACCAAAUUACAUCAGUUGGGUUGACAUAAUUCGAGAAUUUCCUCUAAACUCAGGCAUAUUUCUCCAUGUUUCUAUACUUAAGGCAAACUUGUAUCGACAUUUAUGAAGGAUUUGCUGGUAACUUAAAGAUAUUAAAGCUAUUGUUUGGCAACCUAAAGACAGCUUGUGAUACUACAGUUACUUCCUGUUCACAUGGUUGAUUGCUUUUGCUUGGACACCAAUAUACACAGACAUAAGUCUUUAUUAACGGAGACAUUUUUUUAAAUUUUUACACAACUUUUAAGCUACUUGUUGCUAAGAAUUUAAGAGCGACUUACUUACACACAAAUUAAUAGCUGGUGCAACU